AUGGGCACCUCCUCACGAUCCAGCACGAGGACACUCCUCGGUAUCUUCUUCCUGCUCCUUGUCCAGCUCUCAUCCGCUUUGAAAUUCGACCUGCAAGCCAACAGCGGGCACAACGAGCGAUGUAUACGCAACUUUGUCUUCAAGGACCAAUUGGUCGUUGUGACUGCUAUUGUGAGCGGGCAGAAGGGUGAUGGGCAGGUUGUGAAUAUGCACAUUAAGGAUGCGCUUGGGAAUGACCAUGGUCGGCCUAAGGAUAUCGCGGGCGAGACUCGUCAGGCAUUCACCUCUGUUGCGGACACCGCGUUUGAUGUUUGCUUUGAGAAUAAGCUGGUUUCCCACCAUGGUGUUGCAAACCCGUACAAGUCUGUCGAGCUCGAUGUCGAGAUUGGCGCCGACGCCCGUGACUGGUCCAGCGUUCAGGCUGCGGAGAAGCUCAAGCCGGUCGAAACUGAUCUCCGUCGUAUCGAGGAGAUGGUGGCGGAGAUCGUCAACGAGAUGGAAUACCUGCGGGCCCGCGAACAGAAGCUGCGGGAUACAAAUGAGAGCACCAACGAGCGCGUGAAGUGGUUUGCUUUUGGCACUAUGGGAAUGCUGGUCGGACUGGGUGUUUGGCAGGUUAUAUACCUCAGGGCUUACUUUAGGUCGAAGCAUCUUAUCUGA